AUGGCGGCAGAGUUGCAGAAAAGCUUGAAAGCUUGUUUUGCGUCAAGCAUGAGUGUGGUCUUAGCACUGUUAUGGCUUAGAGCUUCUUCCAUGGCGGCCGAACCAGAUGGAGUGCCCGUAGGCGUCAUUCUUGAUCUGAAUUCAACAUUUGGUUCCAAAGUUAGCCGCAGCCUCAUCUUCGCCGUCGAAGACUACUAUUCCACUAAUAACCGUACAGCCACCAGGAUUGAACUUAUAGUCCAGGAUGUUCCUCGGAACGACGUCGUCGCCGCGGAAAGAGCAGCUUACUAUCUGAUAAAGAAUAGAACAGUAUGUGCCAUCUUGGGGCCCCAAAACCCGGAGCAAGCAAGGUUUGUAGUGGAACUUGGUAAGAAACACGAAGUACCUGUCAUUUGGUUUCCCAUAACUGGUCCAUCUCUUUUGCCCCCUCCAUCUCCGUCCUCCAUUUACUCCGAUCAAGGCCUUGACUGCUUUCAAUUCCAAGCCAUCGCUAAGGUUAUUGAAGCUCUUGGUUGGCAAUCAAUCGUCCCCAUUUAUGAAGACACUGAAUAUGGCAGUCACCUUGUGCCAUGCCUCUCCAAUGUCUUGAAAGGUAUGGGCAUACGAAUGGCUGAUGUAAUUGCUGUUGAUUCAAAUUCAUCAGAUGUUGAAAUUGACGACAUUCUCCUCGAGUUAAAGGACAUGCGCACACAUGUAUUUCUUGUCCAUAUGAGCAUGGAUCUCGGAGCAAGAUUUGUUUUUUCUGCAGAAGAACAAGACAUGAUGGGUGAAGGAUAUGCUUGGAUACUUACCCAAGAGCUAUCUUCUUUGACAGAUCCUCGAGUUAAUACUACCAGAAGAUUGUAUUAUACCCAAAACAUAUAUAGGAACAUUACUGAUCCUGUUGCUUUGAAAAGAUACAUGCAAGGUGCAUUGGGAGUGAGGCCAAUGGAUUUGAUCCCCAAAAAAACACCUAUGCGUAGGGGGAGAGAGAAGAAUUUCACUGAUAGGUUCAGGACUACCCUAACUGUCUAUGGAUGGUGGGCCUAUCACACAAUCGAAGUAUUGGCUACGGUGGUGGAGAAGCAAGGCGCAAACAAUGGCAUAAAACUUCGCUGCGAAGAAAUAAUUCAGGAGGCUACUCAUUUCAAAAGCCAGUCAGGGGUAAAUUUUAAUUUAAGAAAUGGACAACUAGAUCAAUCAGAGCUUGAAGUAUACAAUGUGAUAGGAGACAGAGAAAGGAUAAUCGGAUGUUGGAGCCCUAAAACUAAACUUGUUCAAAAUUGUAGUAAAGGUGGUAAGACAUCUGAUGGUGAAUACCCACUGAAAGAUCCACUAUGGCCGGGCGACACAUUGGAUAAACCACCCAAGUUGAGAAUUGGAGUCCCUAAAACAAAUUCUUUUCAUGAAUUUGUGAGUGCAUAUAAUUUAAGUAAGCUUCAGAUUGAUAGUGGUGGCUUUGCUGUUAAUGUGUUCUUAAAAGCAGUGCAGGUUUUGCCAUUUCCAUUAAAUAAUUAUGAGUUUGUUCACUUGACAAGUACUGACAUAACCUUUGAUGAUCUUCUCUGCAACCAAUUGCUGAGAGUGAGGGAUCUUGAUGCUAUAAUUGGAGACAUCACAAUUGUGGAAAACCGCACAGAAUGCGUUGACUUCACGUUGCCGUAUUUAGAUUCAAGAGUGGCUAUGGUGGUAAGGGUGAAGAAGGACACCACAAGUAAAUGGAUCCUCUUGAAACCUUUCAACUGGUUACUGUGGUUAAUUCUUGUUGCCGUUUUUAUGGGUGCAACUGUUAUCAUAAUCAUAUUAGAAAGAAACAAAACCACCAAAACCAGUGAAGGAAGAAAAAAAACUGAAGAAUUCUAUUACAACCCCUUCCUUGUUUACAAGAUCGAUGCUAUGGAGAAACUUAAAAGCAGAGCUGCAGGAUGGAUGGUGAUACUGACGUCAUUCCUAUUCAUCUUGGUAGUGCAAGUCUACACAGCAAGUUUAACUUCAAUGUUAACACAAGGAAAGACGAAAGUGCCUUCAUUUGAGAACGAAAAAGAGCUUAUUAAGAAUAGCAAUCUGCAUGUGGGAUAUCGAGAUGGAUCGUGGGUGAGAGGGCUUUUGAUUGAACAAAUGGGAUUCAAGCCUGAGCAGUUAAAGCCUUUACGACAUCGUGAAGAGUAUAAUGAAGCAUUGUCAAAUGGAACAAUAGAUGCUAUCUUUGAUGAAACUCCUUAUCUCACACUCUUUCUCUCCAAAUACAAGUCUCAAUUCAUGAUGACAGGACCACUCUACAAAACCGGUGGAUUUGCUUUUGCAUUCCCAAAGAAAUCUAGCCUGGUCUCGCAUUUCUCGAAUGCAAUCUUAAAAGUGAUUCAAGAUGUGGAGUCAUAUCGACUAUUAAUGGCCAAGAGCUCCUUACCCACCUCCAUUGAAGAUUUGGAAUUUGAAGACCAAAGUGAUAUAGAGACAUCAAGUUUGAGCAUAACUAACUUCGGAGGCCUUUACCCUGUCCUAUCAUCUCUUGUGGCCCUCUCUUUAGGCCUUUCCAUUAUAAAUCCAUCAGUGAUUAAACGGUCUCUGAAUCCAUUGCCAGUGAUUACAUGGUUGCUUAGGAAGCUUUCCACUCUGAAACAGUUGGUGAUUGAAUGGUUGCGCAAUAAGAAGCAGCAUUUCAAGUUAGCUAAGGCUUGA